AUGAAUUCUUUUGGAAAUGCAUCGGUUGAUAUUGAUAUGGUGAGUUUUAUUGAUUUUUUGUGGCAAAAAUGAGGGAAAACUAAAAAUACGUGGAAAAAUCGCGUGAACCCCGAUUUUUUUGCAAAUGCAUGUCAUUUCUGAAAAAUGGAGCCAUCGCAAAUAUUCAUGACUGAUUCUUCUAAACAAAAUCAGGUGAAAACUGGCGUUUUUAGCGUUGUUGAAGAGCAAAUUGUGAGUUUUGAGCGGGAAAAUCAAUAUUUUUAGGCGAAAACUAGAUAAACAGGGCUUGCGCAGCGCGCCCUGUAGGGUUUUCGACUAGCAAACGCUGGAAAUCUGGAAUUUUCUGAUUUUUUAAUCUGAAAAGCCUAAAAACAGUAUUUUUAGACCUAUAUUCUUAGCUAGACUAAAAAAUAUUGAAAAUCUUCAAAAAAGCAUUGUCCAGGCUUGAAUUUUGAUUAUCUAGAAACUAGGCUUCGGCCCAAACCUAGACUUAGCCUAAAUCCGAGCCCCAAAAAUUUGCAGCUUGAACGUGAAAUGUCAGCAGAAGCCGCUCAAGAUUCAACCCGUCGAAAUGCAGAUUUAUCUGGAAAUAUAGCUGGAAUGUCAGCACCAAAAACCUCUUCAGGUAGGCUUUUUCAGGCCGGCCCAAGCCCAAGCCUAAAAAAAUCUAAAAUAUAAUUUUUUUCGCAGCCUUCUCCUCUUCAUCUUCAAAUCGUCGUGGUCCAAUGCAGGAGAUUCGCCUCGAUUCCGAAUUCGACACUUUGGAAGAGCCAGUCUGGGAUACGGUGAAACGAGAUAUGCAAACUGUUGGCGCGAAAUUCGGACACGUCAUUUUGCCACAUGGCGACAAGCAACAAUUGUUGAGAGAUUGGGAUUUGUGGGGACCACUUUUUAUUUGUGUUGGAUUGGCCUUGUAGGUUUUUUGUUGUUGUGAGGGGUGGGAAAUCAAAGAAUUUGGCGCCAAAACCUACCGUAUUUUCUGAGAUUUGGCUUCAAAGUUUGCUUAAAAAGAAAGCUCAAUUCAGAAAUUGCCACGUGGAGUUUUCGGCGCCAAAAAUUACAGUAUUUUCUCAAUUUUAGCGCUAAAAACAUGUUCAAAAUGAAAAUGAAAGCCCUAAUUCUACGUGGCUUUUUUGGCGCCAAAAAUUACAGUAACUUUUGAUUUUUCGGCGCGAAAACCCUAUUUAAAUUUGCAUCAAUAUUCAGAAAUUGCCACGUGGCAUUUUUUGGCGCCAAAAAUUACAGUAUUUUCUCAAUUUUAGCGCCAAAAACUUGUUCAAAAUGAAAAUGAAAGCCCUAAUUCCACGUGGAUUUUUUGGCGCCAAAAAUUACAGUACUAAUCUCCAUGUUUCAGACUUCUUCAAUACAAUGGUGGUACAGAAGCGGCUCCCCAAUUCACCCAAGUCUUCACAAUCACAUUUUUUGGAUCUGUUGUAGUUACGGCAAAUAUUAAGUUACUUGGUGGAAAUAUGUGAGUUUUUUGAGAAAAUUUGACAUUUUUAAACAAAUUUUAGCUACAUUUUUUACUGAAAAUCCCAAAUUUCCAGCUCAUUUUUCUAGAAAUUCUGGAAAUCUUACUACUUUUCAACCAAAUUUUAAGCUGAAAAUCUGGAAAAAAUCUGAAUUUUUGAUUGAAAAUUCAGUGAAAAGCAGAAUUUUCACCCCAAAAUGUCUGUAUUUCCAGCCAAAUUUGUCUGAAAAUCUCAAAUUUGCAGCGCAUUUUUCUAGAAAUCCUGAAAAUCUUGAAUUUUCUUAUAAUACUUUUCAACCAAAUUGAGCUUUAAAUCUCUGAAAAUCUGAAAAAUCUUUUAAAAAUUCUAAAUUUUUUAUUAAAAUUUACUGAAAAACAUCAUUUUUUCAAGAAAUUUCCCCAAAAAUUCUGUAUUUUCAGCCAAAUUUGUCUGAAAAUCUCAAAUUUCCAGCUCAUUUUUCCAAUCUCUCUGCGUAAUUGGUUAUUGCCUUCUUCCUCCAUUCGUAUCCGCAGUUCUUUGUUCAAUUUUCCUCCACGGAAUGGUAUUCCCCAUUCGACUUUUUGAUAACUUCCAUCGGAUUUGUUUGGUCGACUUAUGGUAAGUUUCGUUGGGCCCCUUUUUAUCCAAAUUCUCAAUUUUCAGCCUCAAUGGGAUUUUUGGCCGGUUGCCAACCCGAAAAAAGCGUCUCCUUGUGAUCUACCCCGUAUUUUUAUUCUAUUUUGUCGUCAGUUGGAUGAUUAUCUCGCAUUCUUAA